AUGAGUGUCGUUCGAUCGCCACCGCAGUCGUCUAACAUGUAUAACGAAGGCAAUAGAGAUUCGAUAGCAACCAUAAGUAGUGUUAAUAAGCUUGAAAAGAUUAGUGCUUCACAACCAGAUUUGCGAAAGAUUACCCUGUCUGAUAACACCAACCAGAUAACUCUUCGCGCCAAAAGAAAACAGCCGCAUGAUGACUUUAGUAUACAAUUUGAUAAAUUUCAAGCUAAAAUCGAGUCGCUUAUAGAGGAUAUAAAACCCAAACUGAAAAUCUUCACAGAAUUGGUCAAGAUGUCUCAGCAAUAA